UCGACACUAUGUCAGGCUCCGAGCUUGCAUGAACCUGUUAGUGCAUGUUCAUUCUUCGUGUAGGCAAGAUAGGUCAAGGCAUAAGUGGACGAUCAUUCCGUCAUUCACAAAAGCCAAAUAAACUUCUCGAAGGAAGCUUAUCGAAUGAUUUCGCCGGCAGCAGUCAAUUGGCAAUUUUCAAAUAAUCCAUUUGACAGUUUUCUUGUGACAAUUAUACACGCCUCUGUUUUCCGGAAAAAAUGGCCAUGAUUGGUGAAAAAUAUCCAUGUAACGGAGAUCAAGACUGUCUUAACGGACUGUCUUACUGCUAUGAUGUCUCUCAACGUUGCGUUAAUUAUACACAAUGCGUCAACUUUAAUCGUGUCGAAGCUGAAGUACCAGCACGUGAACCGUCUCAGUGCGGGCCAUGUAUGAAAGGAUAUACCGAUAUCUUUGCGACCGGCAACCAUAAGACACUAUCGUGUCAAAAAGAUGCAAAUGAGCCAGAUGAUACUGCCAAUAUUGUAAUGAUUGUUUCGAUCGUAAUCUGUACGUUGAUUGCGUUGACUGUGUUGAUUUGGCUCAUAUAUAUUAAUUAUGAAAAACUUAAGAACUGCUUCUUAAAAAACUGUUGCAACUGCUCUCCGGUGCAAUCUGUGGAAAUCAAUCAGCGUAUUAGCAAUCAUGCAAUUGCGAAUAUUUAUGAAGAAGCAGUCGCGAGCGCUCCACCAGAACAACGUCCGUUUGUUGAAAAAGCAAAUUGUGUUCUACCGCAUAAAAAUAAUGGGAAGAUAGAUCACAAUCAACUUCAAAUGGCUGUACCAGCAGUACCACCAAAUUGGGUACAGAAUGCAAAUUAUGGUACGAAUAUAUUAACUUACUCGAGUGAUGAAAUGGACGCUGCUGAAGAAAAUCACAGAAAUUGCACACUUCAAUUAGCAGCUGUAAAUGACGAAGAAAUUCUUUCUGAACCAUCAGAAUAUGCAGCAGUCAUCAUGCAACAUGACACCAACUCCAGGAAUACACCAUUAAUUAAUUUGCCCAAUAAUAGUAUCAUAAUGCAGAUAAUGCAGAUAAUGCAGAUAAUGCAGAUAAUGCAAACAUUAAUACAAGUUUCUCGCUUCAACCAAAUGGAGAGAUGAAUAGACAAGAGAAAAUAAAACAUGUAUUCAUUAAUCAAUCAUUAAAUCAGCAUAUUACGAUGAGUGUAAAUGUGAAUAAAGAUGACGAAUUAAUAAAGCAAAUUACAAAUUAA